GGGAGGCCGUCCUUCUGGAAGAGCAGCUAAGAGUCGCAGGGGCCCCCUCUCCUGCUCUGACUCCUCACUGGCCCCGGCUCUGCAUCCUCCUGCUCUCCCAGCCAGGGGGCUCCAGAGACUGCCCGGCCCAGGCGGGGAUCCUGGCGGGCCGGGGCGAGCGGUGGGUCCGGACAGUCCCUGGGUAAUGUCCAGGGCGCCAGGAAGAGAUGUCCUUGUGGCUGCAGGCCUCCGUGCCCGCCGUUUCUCCUGACUCAGCGGCGGCGCUGUGGGAGUCGGAGGCUCCAGAUGCGAGGGGGCCAGUGCCAGGAGGCGGCAGCUGUGUGCUCGGGGAGACCGACUCACCCCUCUCCAUGGGGGGCCCCGUGCAGGGGUGCCUGGAGGCCCCAGGGCCCACGGCCCCACUCCCCAGGGUGGAAACGCCUCCAGAUUCCACAGAGUUCCGUCCACAGAAACGGAAAAAGGGGCCCGCCCCAAAAAUGCUGGGCAACGAGCUGUGCAGCGUGUGCGGGGACAAGGCCUCCGGGUUCCACUACAAUGUGCUGAGCUGUGAGGGCUGCAAGGGCUUCUUCCGGCGCAGCGUCAUCAAGGGGGCCCGCUACCUGUGCCACAGCGGGGGCCACUGCCCCAUGGACACCUACAUGCGGCGCAAGUGCCAGGAGUGUCGCCUGCGCAAAUGCCGCCAGGCCGGCAUGCGGGAAGAGUGUGUCUUGUCGGAAGAACAGAUCCGCCUGAAGAAACUGAAGCGCCAAGAGGAGGAGCAGGCUCAGGGCUCUGCACCCCCCCAAACUUCCUCCCCGCCUCCAGCGCUGCCCCAGCUCAGCCCAGAGCAGCUGGGCAUGAUCGAGAAGCUGGUGGCCGCCCAGCAGCUGUGCAACCGCCGCUCCUUCUCUGAUCAGCUUCGUGUCACGCCUUGGCCCAUGGCACCCGACCCCCAGAGCCGGGAGGUCCGGCAGCAGCGUUUUGCCCACUUCACCGAGUUGGCCAUCGUCUCAGUGCAGGAGAUUGUGGAUUUCGCCAAACAGCUGCCUGGCUUCCUGCAGCUGAGCCGGGAGGACCAGAUCGCCCUGCUGAAGACUUCGGCGAUCGAGGUGAUGCUCCUGGAGACGUCUCGGCGCUACAACCCUGGCAGCGAGAGCAUCACGUUCCUCAAGGACUUCAGUUACAACCGGGAAGAUUUUGCCAAAGCAGGGCUGCAGGUGGAGUUCAUCAACCCCAUCUUCGAGUUUUCCAGAGCCAUGAAUGAACUUCAGCUCAAUGAUGCCGAGUUUGCUUUGCUCAUUGCCAUCAGCAUCUUCUCUGCAGAUCGGCCCAACGUGCAGGACCAGCUCCAGGUAGAGAGGCUACAACACACAUAUGUGGAGGCUCUGCAUGCCUAUGUCUCCAUCCACCACCCCCACGAUCGACUGAUGUUCCCACGGAUGCUCAUGAAACUGGUGAGCCUCCGGACCCUGAGCAGUGUCCACUCUGAGCAAGUAUUUGCAUUGCGCCUGCAAGACAAAAAGCUGCCCCCGCUGCUCUCCGAGAUCUGGGAUGUGCACGAAUGACUCUCCUCCCUGCUGCAGAGCAGAGGCUUGGCUGCCUCCUGGAGGUGGUGCCCACAGAGAAGGGCAGACAUUGCUGGCAAAAGGCAAAGGAGAUGUUCACGUGACAUUAAAGGAGCGUCAAUAAGGCUGGGAGCUCUGUGGCUGCUGGGUACUGGAAAUCCUGCUAAAGCUCCGUUCGACGAACUAUACUGACCCCGCCAAAAAGCUGAACCCAGGCUUUGCACAAGUUUCUUCAAGAUCCCACCCAUCCCGCCCCCACCACUUCCUGUUUCUUCCCCCAACCCGGGCGAGACCCGUGAGAACUUCACUGUCACGCUGCGGCUUGGCCAUAAAUGUCUCGGGCUGCUUUGCUGACAGUUCUGGCACUGUUUGUAUAGCAAGAUCAAGAUGAAUAACAGAGGAGGGGCAGGGCCACGGAGGAGGGCAGCGAGUGUCCUUUGGCUUGGGGAGGGAGUGGGGUGCGUCAUUUACAGCCCCCUGGGCGCCAUAAGAGUCAAGUGAAACAGGUUUAGAAGCCCCGUCGUUCCCCUUUAAAGAUCCAGGUAGGAUCCCUUAGUCUUGGGGGAGGGACGCAUUGGAUUUUCACAGCGCCCCCAGCCAUUCUCUUACGCUCACGUUCACGUACAUAUGAGACCUUCAUUUUCCCAUUGGUGUUGGGCGGGGAGGCUGCCCAGCUCCGGGUUGGGCCACACGGUAGGGCGGGACUCCAUCUCCCGUCCCUUUUCCUGGGCCCGCGCCCUGUAGGUGAGGCCGCAGCCUUCCGGCGCAAGAGGCCCCGCCCUGACCCAGGACGCCCCGCCCUCCGGCACAGAAGCCCCACCUUCU